GUCGGGAAUCUGUCCGUCCUGAACCAGGAGUUCGGGGAGUCGGUUUAUGAACCCGGGUCCGCGUUCGUGAGGGCGAAGUUCGACGGCGUUCUGGGGAUGGCGUACCCGUCCCUGGCGGAGAUCCUCGGGAACCCCGUUUUCGACAACAUGUUGGCGCAGAAGACGGUGGAGGAGCCGGUGUUUUCCUUCUACCUCAGCAGGAAAACAAGUCGCAGCGACCCAGGAGGCGAGCUGUUGCUAGGCGGAAUAGACGAGUCGUUGUACAUUGGACCAAUCAACUGGCUCCCAGUGACAGCGAAGGGAUACUGGCAGAUUAAGAUGGACAGUGUCGCGGUGCAGGGUGCGAGUUCUUUCUGUCCUCGUGGUUGCCAGGCGAUCGUCGAUACCGGGACCUCCCUCAUUGCUGGACCGACCUCUGACAUCCUAAACCUGCAGCAGCUGAUUGGAGCCACACCCUCAAGCAUAGACGAGUUCGUGGUUGACUGUGCCAGGUUGUCUAGUCUACCUCCUGUGACGUUCGUCCUCGGGGGGGCAGAGUACACGCUGACCGCCGAGCAAUACGUUAGAAAGGAGAUUCUCGGCCAUAAGGAGUUUUGUUUCAGUGGCUUCCAGUCCGUGGACAUCUUUUCCGCCAAUGGCCCCCUGUGGAUUCUGGGAGAUGUAUUUCUUACAGAGUUUUACAGCGUCUUUGACAGAGGACAGGACCGCGUUGGCUUCGCCCCUGCUAAGCACCCAACCCAACCCUAACCAAUCAACAGCUGACAACUAUAUAUCAUCAAUAAAUACUGCUCAAUUAAAAUGA